AUGACGAACGUGCAGCCAAGCUAGGGGCGAUGGUAAAGAGUGCGCUGGUGGGUAUCUGUCGGAUGGAAUACACCAGCAUCACCAGCCUCCGGGCCAGCGACGGUAGGUGGUGUGGGGAUGGACAAUUAACCAGGAGUGUGUCCGAAGCAGUAGACACUGGCUUCGCACCUAUAAUGGG